AUGGAUGGAAAAAAACAUCAUCAGAGUCAGAAGAAAUACAAGUUUUUGAAAAGAACCGUGCAGUUUGUUAUAUCACUUUCUGUAUUUUCUUUCUUUGUGUGGUACUCUUCUGGUUUUUCCAUACUCCCUCAGUCUUUUAAUGCCUACUUCUCCACGUUCCCCUUCUCCAUGCUUACUCGCACUCUUGAAAGGAAAUACAUGUUCCUCAUCUGCAAUGCCAUACUUGCUCUUCUAGCCAAGAGUUCAGUCCUCACUUCCUCUUCACCACCCAUGUCACCUUUUGACUUAGAAUUUCAAGUUUCCACCAAUACAAAGGCACAAGUUUCUGACGUGGCAGUCUUCCCUGUGGGAAGUUUUCGGUGCCUGGAGAAUGCUCCUCUUAUAGCUGAAGAAGAAAUUGGACAAGUGAAAAAGCAAGAAGAAUGCUAUGGACAAGUUUUAGAAGCUGAAGGAGAAGAAGCACGUUGUUUGUGGGAGGGAUGGAAGAAGCAGAUGAAGAAGGAGGGACAAGAAAUGGGGUUAUGGUGA